AUGGGUCAUCCAACAGAGAAGACGACUAAUAUUAGCGCGGAUAACUUUCCUGGUGCGUUUUUGCAAAAAAUCGGAUUUCUUGAAGAUAUUUGUGAUAUCAACACGAGAAACAAGUUUGGAAUAGUUUAAGAGUUGUUUUAUUAAAAAUUUCAAUAAACUUUCAGGUGGUGACCCGAUAACACCUUCCGGUGUACACCAUCAUCAAUCGGCAUCGGAGCCCGGAAGAGCCACCCACUCGCCAUCUCCGGCCCACCAUCACCAUCAACAUCCGCACAAUCAAAAAGGCAUCCUGAACCGAUUGCCCGACUAUUUCCGCGAUACGGUCGACUGGUUCAUCGGGUACGCUUGUUCUCACUAA